UUCCUCUAAAAGUUACUCUUCAGGAAUUUACGCGGUGUGGAGUGCUGUGGCUCCCUGAUCCUGGAACUGUUAUGGGCAAAAGAGACCGAGUAGACCGCGACAAGAAGAAGUCCAAAAAGAGGCAGUAUGAGGAGGAAGAGGAAGACGAAGACGACACGCCUGGGAACGACUCUCAGGAGGCGGUGCCCUCAGCUGCAGGGAAACAGGUGGACGAGGCCGGCACCAAAGUUGAUGAGUAUGGAGCCAAGGACUACAGGCAGCAGAUGCCGCUGAAGGGCGACCAUACUUCCAGGCCCCUCUGGGUGGCUCCUGAUGGCCACAUUUUUCUGGAAGCCUUCUCUCCAGUUUACAAGUAUGCCCAAGACUUCCUGGUGGCAAUUGCAGAGCCAGUGUGUCGGCCUACUCAUGUCCAUGAAUACAAGCUAACUGCUUACUCCCUCUAUGCAGCUGUCAGUGUCGGGCUGCAGACCAGCGACAUCACUGAGUACCUCAGAAAGCUCAGUAAGACUGGAGUCCCUGAUGGCAUCAUCCAGUUUAUUAAGUUGUGUACUGUCAGCUAUGGGAAAGUCAAGCUGGUCCUGAAGCACAACAGGUACUUUGUUGAAAGUUCCCACCCUGAUGUCAUCCAGCAUCUUCUUCAAGACCCUGUGAUCCGCGAAUGUCGCUUAAGGAACGCGGAGGGGGAGGCUACGGAACUCAUCACAGAGACCUUCACAAGCAGAUCUGCUAUUUCUAAGACUGCAGAAGGCAGUGGCGGGCCUUCUACCUCCCAGGGGGUAGAUCCACAGGCCAAAUCUGACAUCCCCAAAGACCUGUUUGAUUUUUAUGAGCAAAUGGACAAGGAUGAGGAAGAGGAAGAAGAGACCCAGACAGUCUCCUUUGAAGUCAAGCAGGAAAUGAUCGAGGAGCUGCAGAAGCGCUGCAUCUACUUAGAGUACCCUCUGCUGGCAGAGUAUGACUUCCGGAAUGACUCUCUCAACCCCGACAUCAACAUUGACCUGAAGCCCACAGCCGUGCUCAGACCCUAUCAAGAGAAGAGCCUGCGGAAGAUGUUUGGAAAUGGGCGGGCACGCUCCGGAGUCAUCGUUCUUCCCUGUGGUGCUGGGAAGUCCCUGGUUGGUGUGACUGCUGCGUGUACUGUCAGAAAGCGCUGCCUGGUCCUGGGCAACUCGGCUGUGUCUGUGGAGCAGUGGAAAGCCCAGUUUAAGAUGUGGUCAACCAUCGAUGACAGCCAGAUCUGCCGCUUCACCUCGGACGCCAAGGACAAGCCCAUUGGCUGCUCAAUUGCCAUUAGCACUUAUUCUAUGCUGGGCCACACCACCAAAAGGUCCUGGGAGGCUGAGAGAGUGAUGGAGUGGCUCAAAACCCAGGAGUGGGGCCUCAUGAUCCUUGACGAGGUGCACACCAUUCCAGCCAAAAUGUUCCGGCGAGUACUGACCAUUGUGCAGGCCCACUGUAAGCUGGGUUUGACUGCAACCCUUGUUCGGGAAGACGACAAAAUCGUUGACUUAAAUUUCCUGAUUGGGCCCAAGCUUUAUGAAGCCAACUGGAUGGAGCUGCAGAACAACGGGUACAUCGCCAAAGUCCAGUGUGCCGAGGUUUGGUGCCCGAUGUCUCCUGAGUUCUACCGGGAGUAUGUGGCAAUUAAAACUAAGAAGCGCAUCCUCCUGUACACCAUGAAUCCCAACAAGUUCAGAGCCUGCCAGUUUCUGAUCAAGUUCCAUGAGCGGAGGAAUGACAAGAUUAUUGUCUUUGCCGACAACGUAUUUGCCUUGAAGGAAUAUGCCAUUCGGUUGAACAAACCUUUCAUCUAUGGGCCCACGUCCCAGGGAGAGAGGAUGCAGAUUCUCCAGAACUUCAAGCACAACCCCAAAAUCAACACUAUCUUCAUCUCCAAGGUCGGUGACACAUCCUUCGAUCUGCCAGAAGCGAACGUCCUCAUUCAGAUCUCCUCCCACGGUGGCUCCAGACGGCAGGAAGCCCAGAGGCUGGGGCGCGUACUCCGAGCCAAAAAAGGGAUGGUUGCGGAGGAAUACAAUGCCUUUUUCUACUCGCUGGUGUCCCAGGACACGCAGGAAAUGGCUUAUUCUACCAAGCGACAGAGAUUUUUAGUAGACCAAGGUUACAGCUUUAAGGUGAUCACAAAGCUCGCUGGCAUGGAGGAGGAAGAGUUGGCAUUUUCCACCAAAGAGGAGCAGCAGCAGCUCCUGCAGAAGGUCCUGGCGGCCUCUGAUCUGGACGCAGAGGAAGAGGUGGUGGCUGGAGAGUUUGGCUCUAGAUCUGGCCAGGCAUCCCGACGCUUUGGCACCAUGAGCUCUAUGUCUGGGGCAGAUGACACUGUGUAUAUGGAAUACCACUCCUCCCGAAGCAAAGUUUCCACCAAGCACGUGCACCCACUUUUCAAACGCUUUAGGAAGUGACACCCACCCUGUUACUCAGUUGAAGACUGGCUGCCUGGAUCAGGGUUGAAAAAAAGACUUCUCAGUCUUUUUCUCCAAGUCUAUGUGCUCUCCUACUGUUGAUCUAAUGCAACACCUAUUGACUGACUGCUGAGACUCUAUCAGUGUUAGGGCUUUGACGCUGCCUUCAUGGGUUGCCCAGGCUUGAAGGAAGGAAAGAAGGAAGGAAGGAAGGAAGGAAGGAAGGAAGGAAGGAAGGAAGGAAAGACUGUUUUUGUUUGUUUCAAACUUUUUGAGAGUGGAUCAUUUCUUUAUAUAAAAGGUAUACCAUUUAAGGCACAUUUGUCUUUAUUCUGCUGAAUAAAUUUAAAAAAUGGAAUUGGUGGGCCCUGGAGCUGGAAGGAGAAGUGGACGCAUGUUCCUGUCCUCACCCAGAAGCCAUCUCCAACUGACAGCCACUUGAAAAUGAUAAGUUAGUGUUCUCCAAGGGAAACAGACUCUUCCUACGGGUAGGCCCCAUGCCAACAGGAAAUGAACUCAAUGGCAUCCUCAGAGUUCCCUGUCUCAUAAUUAUGUCUCAGGGCUUUCCUUUCUCUAGUAUAAAAACAAAUGGAAUUUAAGCUCUGUAUAAGUCAGGGCUCUCUAAAGGAACAGAACUGAUGGAAAUUGAUUAAGCUAACUUACUUUGAAAUAUUAACAACCUGAGAGGUUUUAAUAUUCCACACUUGAGAGUCUGAGGAUACGGUGGUGGUCCCUCAGUCCCUGAGGCUCAGUGCCUCAGCAUCUCAGUCUGGAGCUAAAACUGUGUGUGGGAGGAUCCUGGGUAGCUGCUGGUCCGUAGGGAUGGAAGCCUGCAAAUGCUGGUUUGGAUCUCAGCAAAGGAAUUGGCAGCAUUGGUAAGAAGGCUGGUGGCGGGCUGGAGAGAUGGCUCAGAGGUUAAGAGCACUGCCUGCUCUUCCAAAGGUCCUGAGUUCAAUUCCCAGCAACCACAUGGUGGCUCACAACCAUCUGUAAUGAGGUCUGGUGCCCUCUUCUGGCGUGCGGGCAUACAUGCAGACAGAAUACUGUAUACUUAAUAAAUAAAUAAAUAUUUUAAAAAAAAAAAAAAGGCCCGUGGCAGGAGGGAAGGUCAGUCAGCAAAGGGUGAGUGACCCUCCCUCUAUGGGCAGCCACACCUCUGUUAGUUCCAGGCCACAGCAGAUGGAGCCACGCUUGGGGGCGGCUCCUCCCACGUGGGUCGCUUCAUUUGCAAUUCUCUACAAUUGGUGCACAUAAUUCGAGGCAAGCCGACGCUACAAUGCUUAGUAUUGAUCAUGAAUUUGAGAGGCUCUAAAAUCACCUAGGAGGGCUGGAAAGAUGGCUCAGCCGUUAAAGGCUGGGCUCCCAACCAAAACUAUAAAAUCACCGAGGACACAUCCAUGGGUCUGUCUAGAAAGAAGUUUCUAUAUUGGGAGAAUUGUGGGAAGACCCACCCCAAACACUUGGCUCCAUCAUAUGGGCUGGGAUCCUGGACUAAAAUACAAAGGAAAAAGCCGGGCACCAGCAUUGCUCGGUCUCUGCUGCUUGUGAACAGCUGCCGCCUGGUCCUGCAGCCAUGACUGACGCCUGAUCCUGCCACCAUGAGUGACUGUACCCUUGAACCUGGGAGCUGAAGUUUAAAAGGUAUUUUGUCCCAACACAGUUCCUGAGACUGCAUUACAACACCAGGGGCUGCUACAUGCUGCUCCUGCUGCCUCUGUGCUGAGGGAUGCAGAUGCUGCCAAAUGCCAGGGCUGCGAGAAUCCUCACCUCCCUGCGAUUGCUAUCCUGUUUUAAAUUUUUAAGAACUUGUGUGUGUGUGUGUGUACAUGCACGCACAUGUAUGCCUGCACAAGCCAGAAGUUGAUGUCAGUUGUCUUUUCUCAGCCACCCCGCCUUUCCUUUUUGAGACAGCUGUCUCACUGAACCUGGAGCUCACUAGGCUAGAAAGCUCCCGGGAUCAGCUGUUUCUGCCCGGCACCCAGCGCUGGGGUUAUAAGCGUGCACUACUGUGCCCAGCUUUUUAAUAUAGGUUCUGAGGCUCAGGCAGGUCCUCUUGCUCGGGGCAGGUGCUGUCUACCAAGCCAGCUCAUCAGGCUGCUGUCUUCUGCUGCAUUCGGGUUCUUUUCUAAGGAGCGUUGCCUAACUUGAGCUCUCAAAGUUUAAGGUUUUAUAGUUUUUUCUACUACAUUUCGUCUUCUGAUCUAUCAUGAGUUAAUUGUUUUUCAGUGCCGGGUGUUGAACCCAAGGCCUUGGACAUGCUGUCAUUGAUUGAACCAUAUCCUCAGGUCUUGAGUUACUUACUGCAUAGUCAACGGGUAAAGUCCUACUCCAUUCUUAUGUGCGUAUAUCUAGUUGUACCACUUACGUAGGAUAUUCUUUCAUUCAAAUUGUAUUGGUUUCUUUUUCAAAAAGGAGUUGACUAUGGGCUCCAGAUUUAUUUCUGAACUCUUGAUCCUCUCCCACUGAUGGAGAUGUCUGUUUUUGUGCUAGUACCAUACAUCUUGGUUACUGAAGUGUGCUGGUUAGUUUUGUAUCAGUGGGCAGUAAAUUAAAGUCAUCUGGGAAGAGGAAACUCAGUUGAAGAAUUGCCUCCUUCAGAUCGACCUGCGGGCAUUUCCACAAGGGAUUGCCUUGAUUAACGACUGACGUGGGAAGGCCAAGCCCACUGUGAGUGGUGCCUCUCUGGGCAGACAGCCCUGGAUUAUAUAAGAAAGAAAACUGCGCAAGUGAUAGGAAGCCAGCUGGUGAGCAAUGUGUGUGUGCGGUCUCUGCUGCUGUGUGUGCUUCCAGCUCCUGCUUUGAGUUCCUGCCUGGGCUGUCCUGGAUGAUGGACCGUAACCUGUAAGCCAAAUAAACCCUUUCCUCCCCCAGGUUACUUUUGGUCAGAGUGCUUAUUAAAGCAACAGAAAAGCAACCUAGGAAACAUACCCAGGAGGAAGGUGUGGACAUGAGGAAGCCCGGCUUUCAGCUUUUCAGUUCUGUUUUGCUUGUUCUGAGUCUCAUUUAAAUACAGUUUAGAAUCAGAUUGUCAGUUUCCACAAAAGAGACUAUUCUGAUAUGAAUUGCGUUAAAUCCAUAGAUAAGUCUGCAGAGUAUUGCUGUCCUAAUGAUAUUAAGUUCUUGUGACUGUGGGUGUCUGUUUAAUGGGUCUCACAAAACCUUUUUCAACAGUGUUUUAUAGUUUUCACGCCCAAGUCUUAGUUCUUUCAGUAAGUGUAUUUUGUAUUUGAUUCUCCCCCACUGCCUUUCUCUCUGUGUGUAU